AUGGAGUCGUUGAAUCAAUUGGAACGUGCUGCGACUCUGACUGCAUUAGCCCUCAAUGCAGUGGUGGCUUGGGACGACGUUACUGACAAUUUGGAGGACCAGCAGCUCCGCGCUGACUUGGGGAUCACCGAGGGGCAAAUUGACGAAAUUUCGGCAUUUUUGCGCGAUUUCUUUGAUCGGGUUACUGACUUUAAAAAUGACCGCAAGGCAGAGGUGACAGCUGCCUUGGAAGUCUCGCCGGACCAUGAACGCCGUCAUCUGCAGUCUGCAGGCUCAAGCACCGGGGGCGCGACGGGUGUGGGUGGGCGCGUGGGUCGGGCUGCCAAGUCAGAGCCGCCCGCCGCCGCUGACGCUUAUGAGUGUCAAGUGUGUGGCCGACGAGUUGGGGGUGGUCAAGCCGGCCACUACCAACAUGUCAGGUCGGCCUUUCACCUGACAUGGCAGCUCUGGAACUCCGGCAAAUUUGACAAAUGGCAGCAAGCCAAGGCGAAAGGCCAGGAAAUGUCGGCGGCACUGUGGAAGUCGAAGGACGCCAUGUAUCCUGGGCCCCAGAAACACGGCAAAGACGACGCCAAGAAGGCUAAGCGGCAGAAAGCCGACACCCCGCCGCCGCCUCCACGGGCUCAGGUGGACCGCUUCGAUGACAAGGGCCCGGAUCCAGACGGUGACAGUGAGGCCCUGCUAUGUAAGAUGCUCAGUCAGUCAGUGCUCAGCUUGGCAGUGCCGCCGUGUCGUCAAAUCCUCGCCACUGUCAUGCCUUUAAAACACGCCUUGCUUCUACAUGAGAAAUGGGCAUUGAAAAUUGCGGCCGGCGAGAAAGAGUGGGAGAUCCGCAGCCGCCGAACAGCGCUCCGCGGCCGAAUCGGCUUGGCUGUGACUGGCAAGCAGCAUGUCAUUGGCGAGACAUCCCGGCAGCUUCCGUCCUUACUGCCAAAGCGCCUCAUCUCAGAGCAUGUGAAGGUUUGUAAGAAGUCCCGGUGUAGGGUUUGUCAAUGGCAUGAGUUCGGCCAGAAGACGGCUCACAACCCGCCCAAGUGGCUGAAGCUGGGGAUGAGCAAGAAACACGUUGGACUUGGUUGCACCGACUGCGCCCUUGCCAACUUGUCAGGCCCAUGGGCAGAAUUUCAGCAAAGCCCUGCCCGUCUGACGCAGCACGUCAUUCGGCGACAUGAAUCGUCUCGCAGCCAUGUCGCGGCAGCUCGGAAGCAAGUCAGCGGCCCUGACUUGGAUGAACUUCGCGCCAUGCUGAAACACAUGCGGCAAGGCGGAAGUGCAAGGCAAGGCGGCGUGGCCUCAGACAAGAAGACCAAAAUGCGCUUUGCCCUCAGUGAAGCCGUUUUGGCCAAGCACCGGAGUGAUCUCAUGCGAGCCCGAAGUAUAUGCCUUCUCAGGGACGAGCGGAAAGGCCGACUACUCUUGCGCUUCCGAGCUUGCUUGGACGACCUGACUGUUACGCAAGGCGUUCUCGGCCUUAAGGGGGUUGAGGGAUCUGCGGAUUCCAUUGCGCAAGUGACUCUCAGGGCAGUGACUGACUUCUGGACUCCCUGUCGAGGCUUGCCGCGAGACUGCCACUCACCACAAAUUGACGGGCCACAGGGUACGCCCUUGGCCUGUCAUGUCAAGGACCACGUCCAGUUCCUGGUCACUGACGCCGCCCCCAACGAGCUCUUAAGUUCAGAACAGCUGCGGGGCCGCCGCAGGGGGGCUGCCGCUGCACACAGGGCGCCGGCAAGCGAAUUUAAGAACGUCCGGGUAGUCGGCAGAGACGGUGCCCACGCAGCGACGCGAGUCUUGAAGAACCCUUUCACAAGUCACGCAUUUAUCAAUGACAUCAUGGACGAGUUUGUCUCAGCCUCUGAUUCCUUCAGUCAGAAAGUUCGAAAUUCGUCAUUAUUCGCAAUGUGGUGGAAUGAAGAGGUUACGGGGCCAGGCUCAGAUGAUGCCAAUGAUGAGGGCGGCGAGCCACGCCGCAAAAACUCGGCGAACCUGUCGGCGGCCAAGCGUCGGUUCGGCAGCCUGCUGAACCCGCUUAGUAAGUUAUCGAAGAACCUCCAGGCUAUGCUGAACACUUGCCAACGCAUUGAAGCAGUGCGUGGUUCUGGCAGCUCCUGGGCGACCAGCAUAUUGAAGUCAUUUACUGGCCGCAAAGCUUUGGCCAUUGCAAUGGCAUCUGACGCUGCGGCAACAGUGAUGGACUUUUGCCGGUUCAUGGAUACUGAGUCAGCUGAUAUAGCCCAAAUCAAUUACAGGGCGCAAAGCUUCCUCCUUGCUGGCCAUGCGCUCUUCACUGAAAAGAAAGUCUUCAGCCUACCGACUUACACCAAGACUAUGCUGGACCAGAUUCAGGGCCAGCCACUCACAGUCAUGAGCAGCGGCGAUGCCCCUCGGCAAGUACAGGUGACGGAGCAGGACAAAGCAGCAGUCUUGAAGGUUUUCCAGGCAGGGCUUGACGAAAAAUAUAUAAUGACGAUAUUUUUCAAAAAAUUAUCCGGCGGCCCGGCCGGAAAGGAAUGGAUGCAAGCUGCGGAAUCGACCUUAGCCGCGGAGUUUCCCGACUGGCACAUCCUCAGUUGCUUCGAUGUCUUUCACCUUGAAGAACGGCGAGCAAGCGCGCCACCGGAUCACUUAGACGAUUGCUUGGCGAAGCUUGCCAAUUGCUUCAAGGUCCGACUCCCGGACCUCAAGAAGCAAUACGCGGCGCUGCUACCAAUUGCGACGCAGCUGUACAAGGUGGGCGAGCGCAGCAACCGUGCUGCAUGGCAAGCUGCGCUGCAACAAGGGGGCCGGGCCCGUCGGACUCGUCAUUGCGGAGCUCUGCUUGAGGUUUUGUGUGGCUACUUGGCAUGGACUCCUUCCACGUCGGGCGUGGAGCAGCUUUUCAGCAAAGUCAAGCGGAGCCCGGUCGAGCUGACGUCGUCAAUGGAAGUGACGGACAUGCGGCUUUGCGUCGUCAUGGGCAUGGGCGACUUGACUCAGCCGGAGGAGGACGAGAUCCUGCAAAGCGGGCAGCGAAUCUAUACAGCGAUGCUGAAGUCUCAGCUCAGCUAUCGGAGAAAGCCCGGCAAGCGUCGUAUAGACGAAGGUGUCCCAAAAGGGCAGACUCGUCGAUCGACAGGGUCGCAGGCAGCCUGGCAUCGAGCAAGGAAGGCGGCAGUGGCCAAGGCUGCUGAGGAGUUGAAAACGCCGCCGAGGAGGCCUCCGUUGGAGCUGCCAGAGUCUUUGGCCAAGGAAGAGUCUCGUCAGCGGGCUCUGGAGAAGAAAAGGAAGGCAGACGCAUUGGGCGACGGGUAUCUCUUACCGAAGGAAAUUACGCCAGGCCUUGAAGCCUACGCAGCUAAAAAGCAAAAGCAGGACUUGGCCAAUGACAAGUCUCGCGGAAACAAAUUCCACGAGUAUGAGGACUUGCGAGAGGGCGACCUUUACCUCGUCAAUGACUUCACGGCUGUUCACAGGAAGGUGCGUGCCAUGGCCGCGCUGAGAGGCGGGGUCAUCCUGUCAGGAGGGGUGCUUGAAGGACGGCCUGGCGUCAAGGUCACCUUCAGUCGAGGCUUAGAUUUGCCAGUGGCAGUCUAUGUCACUGAUGAGUUCAAGCGCGAGGAACCCGGUUUGACGCUGAUUCUUCGACACGCUUGUUCCAAUGGGUGGCAAGCUGUCGGGGCUGACGGGCUGAGAGGCUCAAUUGUGAGACGUCAGGGGCCCGUUGUCGCCAUGCCGCCGGCGGGGUCGCCGAAGUAUAAGACCAGGAAGUUCGCCCUCAAAGCUGCCCGAUCCGUGCCAGUGCAGAAGUAUGACAUCAAGCAGCUUGUCGUCAAAGUGAAUUCCAUGGCUGCAACCUGGCGCCAGCGGCUGUCACCACAUUCCACGCCGAUGCCCAAGGAUAGUUUUCGAGUCGCCAGCGACUGCACGGGUUAUGGGUCCGAGCUCAUCGCCCUCACGCUCUUGGGGCUGAGGCGCCGUGUCAAAUGCGUCAUGUCUUCGGACAGUGACGUCGACAAGACUGUCUUGCACGGGGCCGUGGCUCGUUUGUGUGGGAUCUCGACCACGGGUGCCCGCCAUUAUACGGAUGUCCUAGCCCGGGACGACUUGUCCGCCCCAUCAGCUGAUUUAUAUGUGGCCGGCUACCCAUGCCCUUCAUACUCACAACUGGGCAAGCAACUUGGUCCGAAAGACUGUCGAGGGUUAGUGACAUUGAAGGGGCUACUAUACAUAGCAGCGCAACGUCCCAGAGUUGUGGUGUUGGAGCAAGUCGCUGCAUUGAUGACGCACCAGAAACAUCGCAAAGUUUGGGAAUUUAUCUUGAAGACAUUGAAUGCCCUGAGUUACUACGUGCAGUAUCGUGUCAUGAGCCCAAAGGACUACGGGAUUCCACAGAGCCGCGACAGACUCUAUUUGUUUGCAGUCGUCCAGGAAAGUCUGGCGCAGGAGCUGACUCUUCCGGGCCCAAGGUUGACUGCCAGCGACCUCCACUGCUUCUUGGACAAAGACAAGGUUGGCAAUGAAGUGCUGCAGCUUCCCAAAUAUGAGCGGCUUUUGGGUCGCGCGAUGUGGUUGAAGGGCUACAUCUUAGACGUAGCAGCCUCUGAGCGUUUCCAAUGUGUUCUCACCAAUGUUUCGCCAUGCCUCACUAGGACAAGGCUGAAAGGCACAGUCAUUGGCUUCUACAUUCCAAAGCUCAAGAGGCGGCUGCUGACUUCUGAAUGUGCCAGACUUCAAGGCUUGCCAGCCCAAAUUUGGCGGAAUAUGGCCCAAUCAUGCCAGGAAGAGAGAUUGGCGCCAACGGCAGCUGCAGCUGCCUUGGGAGACGCCAUGGCGCUGAACUGCUUGAUGACGGUCCUACGCCGGGCAUUGGACGCGUCUGGCUUGGCCACACUGGGAAGUCGCAAAGACUACUGGCUCAAUGUUCCAGCCGGUCGCAGCGCUGCUGAAAUGAGCUCAAACUCGGCGACGCGGCGGCGCUUGGCUUUGACAGGCGCUGGCCAUGGCGAUGGACCUGGACCAGACGACGUCGUGAGUGAGGGCGACGAGCAGCGGCACGGCAACGACGCCCGUCACAUUGCCGUCGUCCUGAGCCACGGCGACGCCGGCCAAACACAUGGCUGGCGUUGGUGCCAGGAGCAAGGGAGGCAGCUGGCCGAGGCCAAGGCUAAGGCCACUGCCUCAGCAUCGUCGAGCGCAGGCCUCUGGCGACAAUUUGGCAGCCGCCGCAGCAGCGGCAGCCUCAGCCAAGACAAUGCCACGAUGCAUACGGCGGGGAUCCUCGUCAUGUCUUAUUCCUUGCUGGCACUGGGCUCAAGUGCAAUUUUGGGACCGCCUUCAAGUUGGCCUUCACCGACGACUCAGACUCCUUGGCGCGCGAUGGCGCAGAACUUGGAUCAGCUCCGGGCAAAUUUGCAGAGGCUUGUCAGACACACUCAGUGGAAUGCCCACUAUGCUGUCGAAUUGCGACUCAGGAUCCACUGGGCCUGGCAGACCAUCGACGCAGCUGACCAAGAGAUGUGCCACGAUCUCUUCCACGAAGCGCAAGUCUGGGUUCCGGAGCUAGCCCACGUCGGCUACAUUGCGCCGGCUUUGAUCCGGAACUUUAUUCCAGGUAUUGGUCUGGGCACCAAUCUCGGAAAAGGCAGGGCCGGGUACUACAUGGAGAUUGCCGUGGGCCACGUUCUGUAUGACGACCUGGCGACGGACACGACUCCGCGGGAAAGGCGAAUUUUUUGGUGGUUCGUGAAGUGGUCCGACGACUGGCACUCGGUGCUCCAGGAUGUGCAGCGGCUUCUGCCAAAUUGGAACUGGAAGUUUUUUUUGGCUCAGCCGACGUCGUCUUCGUCUCGACACCUGGUCCUGGCAGCGGCUGACGUGACAAUGCCGCCUAAGAACGUGUCGGCUUGGCGGCUCAACAAUGCCGAGAAGGCGGAAGUCCAAAGGCGGGUGAGCUUGGGAGAAGAUGAACACGCCGUCAAAAGGGAGCUUCAAGAAAAGAAGGCCCAGGCCAACGAAGACCGGAAGCGAGCGGCUGGUGCCAUUGCUGAUGCUGCGGCGCCUAAGCCGGCAGCGAAGCGUGCCAAGACUACGACUGAUGGUGACCCAGUCUCUCCACCGCUUCCGGGCGACCACAGCGAUCCAACGAACAGCGCUUACUACAAGGAAGUCCAGUCAGACAUUCGCCGAAUUUUGGCUCAGUUUCCUGGCAUGGAGUCGGCAAGCCCAUUGCCAUUGACAAAUGACGCCGGAACUGGGGUGCAGGAGCCUUUCGACAAGUCAAAAGGUGAGGCAGCGCUUUUGACCCACGAGGUCUACCGCUGCUCAAUCCCUGUGUGGUGGCUCAGCCUUCUCAGCUCUCCCACGCCAGGUGUUCCUUUAAGCAGAAAGAGAACCAAUGACAUGGCCGAAUUUUACUAUCCAGACGGGAAGCCAUCCUUCAUGACAAGUCAGACUGUGGAGGUCCAAAUUACAAACCCGGGGCUGUCAGCGACGCCAAGCAGUCUCCAGAUGGUGAGCCCUGAGGAGAUUGUGCAUGCGCUGCUCGCUGGCUGCAGGUCUGACCAGUGGGCUGUCCACAAAGACACUUGGCAAUCAGUGCUGCUGAGUGUGCCGUGCAGCUUCCUGGUGAUGCCGCAGUCAGGUCUGAGAGUGGCGGCGUUCAACCGGAGACAGGCUGUGUUACAGCAGCACGAAUCCAUGGCCCGAACCGGUAUGCAAACCACGAUUGAGGUGACUCAUCUGCGGUCCAUGCUCGAAGCUGCGAACCCAGCGGCUCAGAAAAUGAACCACGCCCAGGUGGCAAGCGAACUUACUGCAAUGGGCUUGAAAUCCGUUGUUGCCGGCCGAAAGGCAUCGGCGGAUGAUGAUGACAGCGGGUCGGUGACAGGCAACCUCAUUGCCAAUUGCCAGGCAGUCUCAAAGUCAGUGCUUGUCUCCUCAAGAUGCGUGGAACUCCUGAUGGCGUUUGAGCAAGACUGGGGGACUCGCUCCCCCUUCCACAAGCUCGCAUCUUUGGCAGCGCUGGCCAAGAAGCCGUCCAGCGCCUUCUUUCGUGAGUGGGCCUUGGAAUCUCUAUACGACGCCGUCGCCAACAGACUCAUCCACGUGACAGACGUCUCAAAAGGGAGUCUUCUGGGUGACAAGCACCAUUGUGGCCUACUGCCUCUGUAUGAGACUAAGUGGAAGGUUCUGACCCACUUCUUUGACGAGCUGCUGCCGAAGAGUGGCAUGCAGUCGGAUGACCGAGCGCUCCUGAAGGAAAAGCUCAGUGACCACAAGUCAUUUAGAGAGUCGUCAGGGGACGGCGAUGUCACCUGGAUGAGCAGACUCAAGAAGAGCGGCCUGGGCGCCUUUGAGUUGAUUCAGAGCCUUGUCUAUGACAAGAAGUAUGACAAUCAGAUGCGAAUGGCCGCCAAGCAAGGCGGCUCUCCUGAACAGGUCAUGGAGUUCAGUGACGUCGCUGAUGCCUGGGCGGCGGUGAAAGCCCAACUUGCCAAUGAAGAAAUUGAGAGAAAAGCCGCAGAGAAACUCGAGGGUGCCGGCGGGGACGAGAACGACAAUGAAGACGCAGAGUGUGUGGAGUCAAUGAGGAAGGCGCCCAACAAUUUUCCAAUGAAUUCAGGCCCAUACUGGCGCGCCGUGGCAAAUCAGACCCUGCGGACUUACAUCACUUUGGCGGUCGAGCCAAAGACUCAGGACAUGGUCACGACAGCUGUGGAAACCUGCCCGCUGAAGGACUUGAAAGCCGGCCCGGUGUUCACUCACCUUGACUUGGGCUUGCUUGGGGAAUCGAUGGGGCCUGACCAACAGCCGCGCUUGAGAAAGCGCUUCAACCCGGAUGACAACCUGCUCAGAAAGCUGAUUCAUGGAGCCAUGGUGGGCAGGGGCGGGCAGAAGAACUCUGCAGGCGAAUGCACGGUUCCAGCUGAAUCCGAAGUAGUGCUGUGCCACAUAAGCUCAGAUCGGUCCAAGAUGGAUUGCCGCUCAGUUUUCCGCCCGGAAUCAGCCCGAAAGGACGCCAGUCCUGACGCUGAAGAGAAGGAAGUGAUCGUCGCUUUCGACGACGAGUCGAUGCGCCUGAGGAAGAAGCUGUCAAGGGGAUGCUACUCGCUGCGGUCAACUCUCCUUUUCUACUCAAAGUCGCCGUUGAUUCCAGAUGUGGUGCCGGAGAAGCAGUAUGACUCGUACGGUUCCUGGAACACUUCGGACAUGGUGGGAUUCGUCAAAGCGCUGGGGCCAAGCUCGCUGUGGCAUGCAAGCCGAGAAGACAAGGUGGCCAUCUUGAGCGACGCCCGGGCUGUCACGCCAACUGACGCAGCAACGGCAAAAAAUGAGGCCGCCGACGAUGGCAGCGUCAUGUCGAGCCAGUCGGUGUUCAGCUGCCAGACCUUGCCGACCGACCUGUAUCGGGAGGUCUUGAAGGCCCACUCCUGCAAGGGGGUCAUCGACCUGUCGGCAGGGCAGGGACAGCUGGCUCGCGCCGCAAUUUGCGAUCGCCUUCCCUACUGGGGGCUGCGCCUUACCGAGGCCCACUGCAAGCAGCUGGAGGUGCAGCUCACGAAGUUCGUCUUCGACGAGAUGAGGCGCGAGGGUUCGACGCACUAUCGACCCGAGUGCUGCAGCGGCGGGGACGACGACCAGCAGAAGCCGCCGGCGCCCAAGCCAAAGCCCAAGCCGACCAACAGGCCGCGGAAGGAGGCUGGGGGCAGUGGCAAGGGGGAGGCGGACGACGACAAGAAGGACAGUCGCGCGGGUGACAGACAGUGA